AUGUCCGCGCUCCUUGCCAACAAGCCUCUCCUCGGGCCCCUGGUCGCCCUGAACGCCUGGACUUUGGGCAUGGAAGCCCUUCUGUACAAACGUCGAACGCCUGCUCUUGCAAAAUACAACAUCACCUUCGACCCGGAAACCGUCAAGAAGCAGAAAGCAGAGAAGUUGCCAGCUUUCGUCCAAUGGCCGGCCGAUAAUUACAACAACCUACUGGAACAACCUACUCAGUUCUACGCCAUCUUGCUGGGGCUGACACUUCUGGGCGUUAAGGAUAGGAGGACUGUUGGUUUGGCGUGGGCUUAUGUUGGGCUGAGAUUCAUACACAGCAUUAUUCAUGUUUCCACCAAUAAAGUCGUCGUACGCUUUGCGGUCUUUGCCGCGAGUUCAUUCGCGCUACUCGGACUCACGGCCGAGACAGCUUGGAAGCUGUUGGUCUGA